CAAGACUAAACUAAAAAUUUAGUUUCUAAUUAUACUUUGUGAUAGUUUAAUUUUUAAAUAACUAGUUUCGAAAAUAUAUUUAAAAACGAAUCUAAAAGAUAUUUGGAAGAUUUUGUUAGACAUUUUUUUAAAAAUUUAUUAGUAUUUCAAAUAAAAAUAAAAAUAUUAAAAGAUAUUAUAAUUAAGUUAUGUAAAAUUUAAUAAAUUUUCUAGGAAUGGUCCAAAUAAAAAAUCACACAUGAAAAAAAUCAUGAUUUCUAUUUUAAUAAUAUAAAUAUACCGUUACCAAAGCGAAGAAAAUCUCAAACAUGGAAGACAAUUUAACCAAUAAAAAUUUUAGUUGUUCAAUUGGAAAAAUAAUACUACUACAUUUAUGCUAAUUAUUACGUUCUCAGCAUUGACUGCUGGAUAAUAAGGGAAACCAACCGCCGUACAGAGAAAGCUUCACCGUUCCAACGGUAACAUGACACAGCUUCAUCCUUCAUAAUAUAAUCAAACCAUUCUCUUCACGGAGGGAGAGACUUUCUUAAUUAUCUAAAAAUCUCAUCUUCUGAUAUUUAUCAAAAAAUAAAAUAUAAAGCUCUGAGAAAAAAAAGGCCUUUAACUUGAAUCAUGGGAAUGGAUUUUGGCGACGGCCUUUCCUUCGCCGCCGUUGUCCCCACAGUAUACAAGCGAGAAGACUAUAAGCAAACCAAACACGACUCCGUUUUCUCCAACUGGAAGGUUCUGAUAGGUUCGGAGGAUUGGGAGGAUUUCAAGAAAGGGAAAGACGGUGUAGGUAGAUACAGAGUCCAGAACUUACCUCGUAAAUCUUGUCCUGGUCUGUAUGAGCUAGGUGUAGCAGUCAUUGACCAAGCCCGAAAGCUUGACUCGGAUGAUGUUCUGGCUGCGUAUCUAGGACAAGCUGAAAGUGUUAGAUCUAGGCUUCAGUCUUAUGGACGAUCCGGUGCUCAUUUGCGCACUGUUAACAACAACAACCUUGAUGGUUGUUGUGAGUCUCCUCCAGAUAAGAAGGCGGGUUUGUUUGAGGACAUAUUCAUGAAACAUGGCUCGGUUGUCUAUCGAUGGGCUCCGAUGGGGUCUAAGAGGGAAGCUGAGGCAACGGAAGGGAUGCUAUUGAGCACGUUUGACUAUGCGUGGAACAAAGGAAGCAACGGGGAGCGACGCCAGCUUGAUUUGCUUAAGAAGCUUGGUGAUCUCGAGUUUAUUAGCAACAGAGAGUCACGGGUAUCAGAACGGGUGCUCUUUCCUUUUCUUCAGAACCAAGUUUCAUCAGAAGAGAGGAAGCUAAGCUGUGAUGUUGUUGGUGAAGAGAAGAGUAGCAAUUUACUCACUUCCAUAAUCAAACUCUCCCGAUCUAGACCUCAGCCAGUUUCAGACAAACUUGAUGAGGUUAAUAGUUCUUGUUCUGAUUCUGUUUGUGGAGUCAUACUCGAAAAUGGGGCUUGUUGCAGUAAAAGUCCGGUUAAAGGAAGAAAGAGAUGCGUAGAGCAUAAAGGUCAAAGAAUCUGCCGUGUCUCACCGGUUAAACAACAGCCCGAGACUUUGGUCUACAGACAAGAUUACAAACAAGAAGACACUGAUGUUGUUACCUGUGGAGUGAUCUUACCAAACAUGGAGCCUUGCAGUAAGAGACCUGUUCCAGGAAGAAAACGGUGUGAGGAUCAUAAAGGCAUGAGGAUCAACGCUUUCCUCUUUCUCCUUAACCGGACAGACCGUGAGAAAACCGUCAAAGAAGAAGAAGAAGUAGCUUCGCCUCGCUUCUGUGAAGCUACGACAAAGAGUGGUGCGCCUUGUACGAGAAGCUCUCCUAGAGGAAGCAAAAGGUGUUGGCAACACAAGGAGAAAGAGAAUAUUCAUCCGGUGGUGGCCGAAACACAAGUAAGAUGCGGUGUUAAAGUGUGUGAUGGAUUGGUCUGUGAGAGAUCUCCGGUGAAGGGACGUAAAAGAUGUGAAGAGCAUAAGGGAAUGAGAGUCAUCAUCAUCCCAUCUUGACUUUUGGUUAAGCUCGCUGUCCCACCUAACUGCCAAUUGUUUGUACUAAUUAAACCGGUUUGUUUGUUUAAUUGAACCAUUUUCUGUACCGAAUUAAUUAUUUUUUAAAAUUAGUUAAACGUAAAAUCAGUGAUUAUGAAAUCACUAGACAUUGAUUGGUAAACAUGCUUAAGAAUUGAUUUGGCUAGUUAAGGUUAUUAAUCAGAAAUGUUACCAAAUUUUUUGAGUUUGUGAUUCAAUUACAAUAUGGUAAGGCUGAGUUAUUAUCUUCUUUACAAAAUCAAUAAAUCAAAUGUUAAAUCAACAUCAAAGAAAAUUGCAUGUGUUAGAGUUUGAGUUGACUUGAGUUAGUAUUUUUUCAGCCGUCUACGGUUUUUAAGAAUAAUUAAAGAAAUUUAUCAACUUUUGAAACAUAAUUGUCCAACAUUUACUUUUAGUUAAUUAAAUAAAAUCAGAAAUUGUAUACAACUAUUUAUUUGUUAUUCAAUAUUUAAAUAAAAUUUACUAUUUCUAUUUAAAUUAUUAUUUUUUGUAUUUAUAAUUUUGUAUAUUUUAAAUAAUAUUUUACUACAAUUUGUACUAGUAAAAAGGUUAGCAAUCAAUUAUAUCAUUAGUAUUUAUAAUUUUUAGAAAAUAGAUAUUGCAACUUAUUUUUAUCAUCUUUAUUUUUUAUACAUAUCAAAAUAAAUAU